CACUUCCAUCCACUUUAUCCACCACCCCAAUGCCACAUAAUCUUGACUGGCCUGGGUUUAUAUCAUAGCUGACUGAAGUUGGAAAAUCUGGACCCUGAGAGAAUUGAUAUUUAAACCCUUCCUUCCUCUUCCCUCUAUCUAUCUAUCUACAUACCACAUUCUAUACCCACUAUUAACCUACCUAAAACUACCUACCUACCUACAUCCUUCAAAGCAAUAAAAGAAAGGAAUUAAAGAAAAUGUCCGCCCCCAACCCCGGCCGCCAAUCCCCCUCUCCCGAGCGCCAAUCCGGCGCCCAGCAACAAGACCCUCCCUCGCAGGGCAAAGCCCAGCCUCAAUAUGCGCCGCCCGAACACGACGUCCAGGACCAGGCGGCCCAGACGGCGAAUUUGUCGAGUAACCCCAAGCAUCCGUUGGAGGAUAUAGAGAGUGCGAAGUUUUCGAAGGGGGGUGUGGCUUAACCUAGCCUUUCUUUCUAUUUCUUCUUCUGGAAGAUAUUUAGGGAUGGGGGUAAAGAAUUGGGAAGUGAAAUAAAUGAAUGUAUUUAUGAU